AGGGAAGGGGCUAGGAGGAGGUUUCGUAGAGCGAGAUGCUUGGUGAUAAUAGCAGAAUUUUUCAAGAGUGAUUUAGCCAUGAAAACUUCUGAACUUCUGGUCCUUCUUCACGUUGGCUUUCAGUCCGUUGUAGUGUAAUGCCGUGAGUCAUUUACUUAGAAGUGAUCAUGAAAGGCUGAAAGCAUAUUUACAAAAUUCUGAUGAAAUGCUAACGGUGGGUGUUGCUCGUGGGGACACGCGUGACCCGGCCAUGUCAGAGGCCCCGAGGUCGGCGGUGACACUGGCCGGGGCGUAAAAUAAGAGAAGUUUCAGGCAGCCCUGGGAAAGUAGGUACGGAGGGAGCUACUCGGGGUGAGUCAGCCACGUUUGAGUCAGUGCUAAAAGUGAUUGAACGAGACAGUCCCUGCGUGGCUAUUUUUAAUAUUUGCUUACUCACAUUUACUGUACGGAGCUCUUUACAGGAAAGGUAGUUAAAAGCUGCUAGGUCUUUAAGCUGCUUUUUAUGGCAGUGACUUGUUUUAUUGAUUUGGAGUGAUGUCUUCAGUCUUGCCUCUUCUGAGGGUUUUAGGUCUUGGCGUAAUUUUUGUUCUUGUUCUGCUUCGUGCUUUCGGACGUACUGCUGUCCAGUGUUCACUGCGCCGCAUCUGGCCCCCCGCGGGUAAAUUGGUCUCAGGGCUGGACCUUGCAGCGGGAGCAGCGAGGCAGGGUGGUGAAAGUAGCACGGUAGCACCUAGGGAUGCUUCUGUGCCCCACCGGGUGUUUCGUAAGGGAUGUGAUCUAAUACAUUUUAAAAGUAUUUUGGGGUUUUAUCCGCCAUGAAUAUUCAAUUCACAGUUUUUCUGUUGUAUAACCCUGCUUGCAAUUUCCGUAAUGCUUCGAGUGCUGCCUUUCUCAGGACAGCAGCGCGUUCAGCUCUGCAGUUCUUAAGACCAGUAAGACGACCGGAGGAAGAAGUAGAGGAGGUCGCUUGGGGUGCGUGCGUGUGUCGUGGAGUUCAGCGGUGGCUUCCUGUUUACUGCUGCUGAGUGAGGAUUUGGGCUCGGGCCAAAGAAGGUGCAAGAGUGUGGCUUGUGGAUUCGCUGUUACGCCGGCCUGCAGCUGCCCCUCCCCUGCCGUCCCCACCUCCUGGCAAGGUGCUGCAGGAAGGGCCGCAGCCGUGGGGCGCACGCAGGGCCUGGCAGUCGCUUCCUUCUCGUGCUGUGCAAACAAGCGUCCGGUGCACAGCCGGGUUCCUCGAGCUCCGUGUUGGUUCUGAAGCUGGUUGGGGUCACGAUUCUUCAGACCAGAGGCACUGUGGCUGAGUUGGGAUAAACUGGGCAUGCUUCGGCUGUUAAAGGUGAGAUAACUCGUGGUCAUCAGCCUCUUGGAAAGAAAGGCCGACCUGUUGUGUGUGCAGCUGGUAUCGUGGGACUCAUCAGCAACGGGAGGCGAAGCAAGACCUGAUGGCUUGUUGGUGCUGAGUCGGGGCAGCAGUGAAAUGGUCCUGAGCCUGGAGCUGUUGGGAGAGAGGCCUCAGAAGCGAGGGCAGGAGGGCUGCAGCCAAGCAACGUCUGCUCCCGUGUGCUUCUGAAGAACUGCCGUAAAACUGCACCCGGACUGGGAAGUGCGUGGUGAGGAUUGGCCAUAAACUUGUAUUAAAUUGCUCUUAGCCAGAACUGGAAAUGGAGGAACAGCGAGCUCCUGUAAACUUGUGUAAUAUAAAGGCACUCCCGGGAGUGCCAGCAGACUCCUGAAGAUGUAACAGUUACAUCAACCAUUGUGUAACUUUAUUUUUUUCUUUGGGCAGACUUCUUUAUAAUAGCUAGACUUCAAAGAGUUUCACUCGAUGCUCUGAAAUACAGAGUAUGUGCGACUGGGACUUCUUCCACCAUUUCCGUACAUCGUGCGACGCUCAGAGGAGGAGGAUUUCAUUGUUAAAGGGAAGACCACCAAGUUACCGUGCAGUAGCUGUGCGAACAGGACAAGGAGAUGCUUUCUAAAAAGAGAAAUCAACGAACUGUAAACAAACGCGAGAUGAUUCAACCCUAUCAGGAUUUUGGAGAAAAGUUCAGUCGGACGGGUGAACCGGAAGAGGUACAGGACUUUCUAGGCAGAAAAGUGUUUAGACUGUCAGACUGAAAUUGUUCAGAAAUUGUUGUGUGUGGUGAGGUCCCAUCCAUUGCCCCACCUCUGUGUCAAGGGCUAGAGGCUGCCUGGGUGCAGAUGAACAUAAAGGCAAGCUUCAGUCAUUCUGUGACCAAACCAUCAGCGAGAGGACGCUUCUGAAAUCUGCAGCGUAAGCUCCAAAACCUGUAACGCAAACAGGACUCGUGGAGAGAAGAAAAACAAAGUUCUGCUGCUCAGCGAUGUACGCUAGAGCCACUGCUGUCUUACCACCUUUGAGCCGCUGUUGACACAACUCUGAGCCAGGUACAAGUUGCUCUUGGAGAGCGUGAAGAUAAUCUGUUUCAGUCACGUAGAGGAUCAGACAGUCACAUAAAUGCAGUAUCUAAAUGUAAAAGAAGAUUGCAAAGCCAUGGCUUUCUGUGCAAAAAUGAGGAGCACAAAGAAGAGCGAAGUAAACCUGGAAGCUCAGCAUCAGGGUUUAGAAAUACUUUUCUACCUGCAAGAUGAAGAUCCCAUUCGGUAUACCAGCGGCGAGUUUACCUCGGAAGAGUUGUGCAUUGAAGCCGCCCGGAGGUGUUCUAUAUCUCCUCUGUGCCAUAAUCUCUUUGCACUGUUUGAUGAGAACAAAAGACUCUGGUACGCACCAAACCAGGUCUUUAAGAUAGAUGAAAAAACUUCUCACCGGCUGCAUUAUCGAAUGAGAUACUACUUUACAAACUGGCAUGGGACUAGUGAAAAUGAACCCUCCGUGUGGAGGCAUUCGCCAAAGAAGUCAAAGAACUCUUACGAGAAGAAGCAUGUUCCAGAAGGAACCCCGAUCCUUGACGCAAACUCAUUAGAGUACAUCUUUGCACAGGGUCAGUAUGACUUAGUGAAAGGCCUAGCACCAAUCCGUGACCCUAAAAAUGAUCAAGAAGUUCAUGAAAUUGAAAAUGAAUGUCUGGGAAUGGCUGUCCUUGCAAUCUCUCACUAUGCCAUCAACAAAAAGUUGAAACUUCCAGAGCUUCCCAAAGAUAUCAGUUAUAAACAUUAUAUUCCUGAAACUUUGAACAAGACUAUCAGACAAAGGAAUUUCUUAACCAGGAUUCGGAUAAAUAAUGUUUUCAAGCAUUUCCUUAAAGAGUUUAACAACAAAACCAUUUGUGACAGUAGUGUGUCUCCACGCGAUCUGAAAGUUAAAUACUUAUCAACAAUGGAGACUUUGACUAAACAUUAUGGAGCAGAAAUUUUUGAGACUUCAUCUCUGCUGAUUUCAUCCGAGAAUGAAAUAAAUAGAUUUAAUUGUGGUGACAACGAAAUCCUUCCACUAUAUGAAGUCAUCGUGACAGGAAACAAUGGAAUUCAGUGGAGGCUCAAGCCAAAUUCUGUACAGACAGAAAAGGAGAAGAAGAAAAAAUCUGAUGGCAAAACCAAAAAGGAAGAAGAAAAACACAAAAUUCGAGAUUUAUGGAACAAUUUUUCCUAUUUCCCUGAAAUCACCCACAUUGUCAUCAAGGAGUCUACUGUGAGCAUUAACAAGCAGGAUAACAAAAGGAUGGAAUUAAAACUGUCCUCACAUGAUGAGGCCUUGUCAUUUGCAUCAUUGAUAGAUGGAUACUUCAGACUUACAGCAGAUGCCCACCAUUAUCUUUGUACAGACGUGGCUCCCCCACUGAUCGAACACAACAUAAAAAACGGAUGCCACGGACCCAUUUGCACCGAAUAUGCCAUCAACAAACUGCGACAGGAAGGAAAUGAAGCAGGAAUGUACGUGUUGAGAUGGAGCUGCACGAACUUUAACCACAUCCUCAUGACAGUGACUUGUUUCGAAGGCUCAGAGAUGAUAAAUAGUUCAAUCCAGUACAAGAACUUCCAGAUUGAGGUGAAAAAAGGCGGGUACUUCCUACACGGUUCAAACAAAUCUUUCGCAUCCUUAAAAGAGCUGAUGGAUCACCUCAAAGGACAAAUACUUCGGACAGACAACAUAAGCUUUACACUGAAGAGGUGCUGCCAACCAAAACCAAGAGAGAUCUCCAACUUGCUAGUUGCAACCAAGAAGGCUCAGGAAUGGCAGCCUGUUUAUCAUCUAGGGCAGCUGAGUUUCCAUCGAAUCCUCAAAGAAGAAAUUACGCAGGGUGAACAUCUUGGAAGAGGGACAAGAACACAGAUUUACUCAGGGAUUCUCAACUACAAAGAUGAUGAGAAUGAAGGAUAUCAAAAUGAAAAAGAGAUUAAAGUCCUCCUCAAAGUCUUGGACCCCAGCCACAGAGACAUUUCUUUGGCAUUCUUUGAAACAGCGAGCAUGAUGAGGCAGGUUUCCCACAAGCACAUUGUCCUCCUCCACGGAGUCUGUGUCCGGGACGUAGAAGAUGUCAUGGUUGAAGAGUUUGUUGAAUUUGGGCCUCUGGAUUUGUUUAUGCAUCGGAAAAGUGAACUCCUGACAACUCCUUGGAAAUUCAAAGUAGCCAAGCAACUUGCAAGUGCACUAAGCUACCUGGAGGAUAAGGAUUUGGUACAUGGAAAUGUGUGUACUAAAAACAUCCUACUGGCAAGAGAGGGAAUUGAUACUGAAUAUGGUCCUUUCAUAAAGCUGAGCGACCCAGGAAUACCAAUAACUGUGCUGUCCAGACAAGAAUGUGUCGAGCGAAUCCCCUGGAUUGCACCUGAAUGUGUUGAAGACUCAAAAAAUUUAAGCAUUGCAGCAGAUAAGUGGAGUUUUGGUACAACGCUGUGGGAAAUCUGCUAUAAUGGAGAAAUACCACUGAAAGACAAGACGUUAGCAGAGAAGGAGAGGUUCUACGAGGGGCAUUUCGUGCUGGCAACACCAUCAUGCAAGGAACUAGCUGACCUGAUGAAACAGUGCAUGAACUACGAUCCCCAUCAGAGACCCUUCUUCAGAGCAAUCAUGAGAGACAUCAACAAACUGGAGGAGCAAAAUCCUGAUAUUGUCUCAGAGAAGAAGCCCGUUACAGAGGUCGACCCCACGCUCUUCGAAAAACGAUUCUUGAAGAGGAUCCGUGAUUUGGGAGAGGGCCACUUUGGCAAGGUUGAACUGUGCAGAUACGAUCCAGAAGGUGACAAUACAGGAGAACAAGUGGCAGUUAAAUCUCUAAAGCCAGAGAGCGGAGGGAAUCACAUUGCUGACCUCAAGAAGGAAAUAGAAAUCUUGAGGAAUCUUUAUCACGAGAACAUUGUCAAAUAUAAGGGAAUUUGCACAGAAGACGGAGGAAAUGGGAUUAAACUCAUCAUGGAAUUUCUUCCUUCUGGGAGCUUAAAGGAGUAUCUGCCACGGAACAAGAACAAAAUCAAUCUCAAACAACUUCUGAAAUACGCAGUUCAGAUCUGCAAGGGAAUGCACUAUUUGGGCUCCCGUCAGUAUGUGCAUCGUGACCUAGCAGCAAGAAAUGUCCUUGUUGAAAGUGAGAACAGAGUGAAGAUUGGUGAUUUUGGUCUCACCAAAGCAAUUGAGACUGAUAAGGAGUACUACACUGUCAAAGAUGACCUCGACAGCCCUGUUUUUUGGUAUGCUCCAGAAUGCUUGCUUCAGAGUAAAUUUUACAUCGCUUCAGAUGUCUGGUCGUUUGGGGUGACACUGUAUGAGCUGCUAACCUACUGUGAUUCGGAGUCCAGCCCGAUGGCGGAGUUCUUGAAAAUGAUCGGUCCCACGCAGGGUCAGAUGACAGUAGCACGGCUCGUGCGCGUCUUACAAGAAGAAAAGCGUUUGCCACGUCCUCCCAACUGCCCAGAAGAGGUUGACCAGCUGAUGAGGAAAUGCUGGAUAUUCAAGCAUGAUAAACGGACAACCUUUCACAACCUGAUUCAAGGAUUUGAAACAAUUAUGAGCAAAAUAUAAUUAAUUUUUUAUAAUGUGCUUUAAAUGUGUGUCAAAAUAUAAAUGCCCAGACCUUUCAUUUUUUAACUACUGUAAUUUGUAUUCUGACUGUGCUAAUGUGUUCAAAGGAUUAUUUUUCCAACAGGUUUCCUUUUUUUAUUUAGUCAACAGUUGGAUCAAAUUGAUUUAAAAGGUAUGGCAGAAACAAUAGCUUCAACUCCUUUUACGCCGGUUACUGCAACACAGUUUCACCUUUAUUUGAUUAUGGUCUUGCUCCAAUUUGAACUGUCCAGAUAAACGUGAGCUGAAAGAGCAGUGUCAAAAAAAUGCUACAGUUCUCAGUGCAUGGAUCUCAGUGCAACUGUAGCAUUUAAAACAAGUCUGUGGUUCACAUUUAUUCCGUGAACCUAGUGGACAUAAGAGAACUCCUAAUUUUUAUGGCGUUUUUGAGGAAGCUUUUAGAAAAUUUUGGCUGAGAUGCACUUACAUUUCAGUAACAAAAAAACCAAGUUGGGCGCAAAAAUUCAGAGAAAACAGUAUCAUAACUCUUCUUAAGCCAUUUGCGGUUCUGCGCUCUCAAUCAUAUUUAAAAAAAAAAAAUUGCUUCACCAUCAUGUUUCAAAAAGGGGAAAAAAAAAAAAAGUAUGCAUCAGCAUGUGUUUCAUUGAGAAACCCCGUCUCUGGAUAAAUGCAUUUACUUUUCCUAACCCAUCUGCCCCCCAUUACACAUUUCUACCCCCUGAAGCUUCCACCAGUUAUGUAGCUAUUAAACAUGCAAACAAACAUGUUGAUCUUCAGCUUGUGUUGCAAGUGAGCCACAGUGCACGGUGUGGGGAAAUGUACGCAGGAAAACAUAUAACUUCUUUGGGGAUAGAAAAGAAAAUUAAGCCAUGUACAGAUGGGGAGGGGGGGAGACACUCCCCUAGCAAAGAAUAAUUUUGUAAAGGAGAGGACUGAACAACAGGAAAACUGUCCCUAGGAGAGGGAAAGAACACCUCAACCAAACAAAAAAAGGUGUCUUGUUAUCAGCAGUGCCACCAGAGGAAUGCACACCGUACUCUUUUUUAUUUAUUUUUUUGCCAGUUUUGGCCAGCAUGUUAAUUCAUUUUAGCAGUUUUUCUGUAAAGCUGCUCCCUUGAUGCAAGGUGAUUAUGCUUUAAAUACUAUCACUGGCCUUUGUUUAAUUUGACUUAAGUCUCCAGCCAUGUGCUUGUGAAGUAUUUGGUUGACCAGGAGUGCCGGAGCCCAGCUGGGGCAGACUGGGACCAGGGAAGUUUUAUUGUCAGGACCAGAUCCAGCAUUUAAACUGUAAUUGAGUCAAGUGAAGGAGUGUAGUCUCGUUUUGUACAUCUGUCAGUCUUUGAUAAACAGUAGUUUAACUGGAAACCUAUUGCUGACCCGCAUACUAGAACUUGGGCAAAACCUCGAUUUUGAAAGUGCUUUGAGGAAAUAGUUCUGGCAAUAACAGAGAAAGAUGUCUUUAUCUAUCUAUAUAUAUAUAUAUAUAAAAUUGUAAUUAUGAGCAGCAACCAGGUCAGAUUUAUUUUUACAGUAUUACCUGUUUUUUUCUGUAUGUCACGUAUGAGCCCGACUUAAAUCUGUAAGCACUUUGUUACUCUUUAUACAAAGAAAUUAAUAAAGUUUUUUUUUCCUCCA